CGAAUGUUGACAGUUGUCCGUCCAGGAAAGGGUUAAUUAAAUGUCAGACCACUCCCAUUAUCGACCGUCAACUUUAUUAAUACUAGCCCUGUUAAAUGCGCCCAAUAAGUCGGCGGUGUGCUGGCAGGCAGGUCGCGCGGUGCUGUCUCAGAGCUGGUGGUGCUGAAAUCGCAGCCUUCAGCGAUGUGGUCGGUGUUUUUUGUAUUCCUGUCUUAUUUGGACGGGGAAUUCGUUAAGGCUGAUUUCCUCAGCAGCGCUCUGGAGGCUGAGAAGGAGAGCAAAGAAUUCUUUUACUUACUCAACAAUACCCUGUGCGCCAAAAGGUCAAAUGUCGGAGAGUACCAUCUGCUACAAGUGUCUGACGGAAUUCAGGAAGUGCGCUCUGUCCAUGAUGCCACCGGUAAACUGGUGGAUUGCGCCUUGACCACAGAUCCCAUGCAAGUGAAAUCCUUCAUGUAUUUGUGCCACCUGGGUCUCCGCGGUCAGGUCUCUGUCCCGGUCGCUUUGAAUCCCAAUUUUAAGAGCAUUACUGACGUGAAACUGAAGUGUCUUCAGUUGAAAUCCAAGCGCGCGUCAUCUGAUACAAGUGAUCUGCAAGCGAGCGAAACACGUGAAAGUCGCAGAAAGGUGGAUGCUGCAGUUUUGCGCCGGUCAAAGCGUGGCUUCACUUACCCAGGGACGCUGUGGUGCGGAGCGGGCAAUAACGCUAAUCAUUACGAUGAACUGGGGGAAUUUGCUGAUACCGACAAAUGUUGCCGCGAGCAUGACCACUGUCCCCACGUCAUUCACGCCUUCUCCACCGAUUAUGGCUACACCAACUUUAAAUGGCACUCAAUUAGCCACUGCGACUGUGACAACACAAUGAAGGCAUGUCUCCGAAAUGUGAAUGACUCUUCCUCCAGAGUGGUUGGGCAGGCGUUCUUCAAUGUUAUGGAAGUGCCUUGUUUUGAGCUCGCUUAUCAAGAGCAGUGCGUUGACAGGCACUGGUAUGGAGUGUGUAAACGGUAUGGCCAGGUGCCAGUGGCCGUGAUCAAAGAGUCUAUUGCGUACGAUUUCGGUGGCAUUGAUGUCAUCGACGACCUUCCAUUGCCGCCCCUCGACAAGACAGCAUCGAGUCCACAACCUGCCUCAGCUGAACCAGGGGAGACUGGCUCAGAGGGGGCAGGCAGCACCACACAGUCCACAGCCUCCUCCUCUACCUCUACCUCCACGUCUGGAUCUCAGACCACCACCACGGCCAUCCCUGAGGUCCCAUCUCUCACCAACAUGGUGACCGCAGCUGAGGACUUCAUCAAGGUGCUGGCCACCGUCUCCUCUUCGCAAAGCACAUCGCCGGAGGCGGGCAAGGAUGAGACGCAGGGCUCCGAGAAGAAGCGCAAGAAGAACGCGGGCGGCAAGAAGAGAAAAAACAAAAAGAGGAGGGGUAAAGGGAGGAAGAGGAAGCUGAACGUGGAGACGAUUGUCGUGAGGGUUAACGAGGGCGGUGUAGGUGCUGCAUCUUGUCACGUCGUUAUGGAGGACGGAGUGAGCAGCAGCAGUAGCAGCAGCAGCAGUAGCAGCAGCAGUAGCAGCAGGACAAAUAUCAUCGACGACCUGGCGAGAGGUCGGCAGGCAGAGGCGAACGUGGACAUGGGGAGUGAGAUGAGCCGGGAGGCUAGAGAGGAACUGACCAACGCCAUGAUGAGAGACGACCCUCAGCGCUCCCAUAGUGUGACCCCAUCGAGCACACCCGAAGAGUCAGAGAAAGAAGAGACGCAGAAACACAAGAAGGAGAGCAAGGUGGGCAGUAUGUCUUCCACCACCACAAGGCCUCCUCCCACCACUACUCCCAGCAUCACCCAUGCAAGCAUUGUGAAAACUCAGCAGAUUGAGAUGAGUACAUUGUCACCAUCCACAACCACAAUCACAAGCACAAGCACAAGCACAACGCCUUCUCCUCCCAGUGUGACUGUAGUAAGGAUCCUCAAAACCAAGAGCCACAGAGAGAGGAUGAGGCAGGGUCAUGUUAGUAGGCACAGACCUGGCCUCCGAGCCCAUAGCACGUUGCGCACCCCCAGACCUCAUGACACAGACAGGGAGGAGGAGCAGUCCAUCACUGUAUCUGUCAGGCAUGGUGGUGAUGAAACAAUAUUUGUCGAGAGGGGGGUCGAGGCUGCGGGUCGACUGAGCCCAACCGCGCUGGGAAACGCAAACGAGAGGGGACCCCUACACCUCGCCGCCACAGCAACAGCAGCUGGAGUACCCACCAUCCCCAUCAUCAGCCCUCUCCGUCAAGCCAAAGAAAGACAGAGGUCAAAGGAGAGAGGGGGAAGAAAGAAAGUAGGAAAAGUGAAACAUCCUCCUCCUUCUUCCUCUCAAGCUGAGCAGCCCAUGGAGCUUCACAAUCAUCAGACACCAACGCCAGACAGCCGAGAGGAGCCUGCCAGCAAGUCUCCUCCAGUUUCAGCCACUGAAGCCAGCAGCACGUCGCUGGGGACAGGGUAUCACGUUAUGGCCACGCGAUUGGACUACACGAGUGUGGCGAGACCGGUCCCACCCACCACUGCCAGGAGCCGCGGCACAGACACGGCACGGAAGGGGAAGAGCAGGUGGCACAGGUUAAAGGACUCCUUCAGGGAAAGGCGAAGGGGAAUGAGUCGCCUUUUUGGCAUCGAGCUGACCCAAAGUCCCGCAAGUGUUCUGCCUUCUGUGCAGUCCACAGAACUAGUAGUAGACAAAGCUGACUAUGGUACGACUGCAAGUCACACUGUGGGUGUCCCUGUUACCAUUGCCACCACUGCCAGCAUGCCCACCACCACCACCGCACUACCUCCUCUUCUGUCCCAGUCUGGCACGAGUACUAUGGGUCAGCUCGAGCCACCCAUCAAAGACACAAACACACAGGAUGCCCCGCUCAUGCUGCUGGCUGGACCACAGCCGAGCGGAGAGCAGAGACCAAAGCGGAAGAGGCACGAAAGAUGGGAGGGAAAGAAAAGAAAAAAGGCUGUGGCCUUGGCUGCUUGAAUCUUGACCAGUACCCCCCACACACCUCUCUCUGUAGCUUUCCAUUAGAGUUUAGUUGGAAGCAACUGGGCUUGCUCUUGGAGCUUGAAAGACAUUUCAUUCCUCAUUGGAGGAGUUCCAGCAGUUUCCUGUUGAUGUACUCUGUAGCAUAUACUGUGCGUACACAUAGGGCAUGAAGUAUGAGAUUAAGAUUUAUUUGUUGUCUUUGUUUACCCCUAAAAUAAACAACAAUAUGUGGAUAUUUUACACACGGCCAUCUUUUUGACAUUUGUGGAUUUAGUUUUAUAAAAAGAUUUUUUUAUGAAGCAUGUGAAGCAAAAUGUGUGCAAAAUAAAAGCAACUGUAAAGGUGUUUUAAAGGGGUU